AUAAGACUGCAAGACAUGGACCGGUCUCGACUGUUCGGCUUGUUCCUCUUCAGCCUGGCUCUCGCCGGAGCCCGGGCUCUCACCCCGGCGCACUACCUCUCCCUGUCCGAUGUGGCCCGACUGCAGAACCUGCUGAACCAACACUUCACGGAUCUGGAAUCUGCGUACUACUCGGUGGUUGGUCUGACCAAGCUCGGGGCCACGGUUCACGACCACGAGGGAGUGUGCCAGUUUCUCAAAUCCCAGCUGGACCCCACUGACGUGGACUCUGUCUUCUUCGCGGCUGAGACCAGUCAGGCCAUUUCGGGAUGCGAGAUCCCCGUGUCCAAUGAAACACGAGACAUCCUCCUGGCGGCGGUCAGCGAGGAUUCCACCAUGACUCAGAUUCACAGAGCCGUGAGCGCACUACGCUCUCUGGGGCUUCCUCUGGCCUCCCAGGAAGUUGUCGGUGCCUUGACUGGUCGCAUCAGCAAGGAGGACAACGUCAUGGCAAUCACUUUGGCUCUGCAAACCGCUGCUCGCCUGUCCAAGCAGGCAGAGCUUGGAGGAAUACUGGAGGAAAUUGAGGACCUUACAGCUCGUUUGGAUGAUCUUGGGGGCAUCUACCUCCAGUUUGAGGAGGGACUCGAGGCGACUGCCUUGUUUGUGACUGCUGCUUAUUCUCUGUCCGACCACGUUGACAUGGAGCCCCCUCUGAAGGAGGACCAGGUCAUCCAGCUGGUGAACUCUAUCUUCAGCAAGAAAUCCUGGGACUCUCUGGCCGAGGCCUUCAGUGUGGCCAGCGCCGCCGCUGCUCUCUCAAACAACCGCUUCCACGUGCCGGUCAUUGUCAGCGCCGCCGGGCCCGCCACAGUGUCCCACAGCCAGCCCACCCUGCAGCUGCUCGUCACUGAUGUGAUGUCUCAACCUCUGGCCUUGGCCAACGUUCUGGUGGAAUCUGCGUCCGCCGUGGCCUCCAAGAGCGUCAUCCUCAGCCAGGCUCCAUUCACACUUAACGACGGCGUCUUUGAACUGAACUUCAUGUCCAGCAAGCCGACCAGUGGGUAUUACCAGUUUUCCGUUGCAGUGACUGGGGACACCCGGUUUGUUGCCAAUCACGUUGAGCUCAAAGUGAAGGUGUCCACCGAGGUGUCCGUCACCAGCAUGGACCUGUCCGUGGUGGAUAAGGACCAGAGCAUCGGCACAAAGACCACCCGGGUGGACUAUCCGUCCAAAGGAAAGAGCUCCUUCAUAGCCGACAGCCACCAAAACUUUGCCAUGUCCUUCCAGCUGGUGGACUCCAACACCGGAGUGGAGCUUACCCCUCACCAGACUUUCGUCAAGCUGCACAACCAGAAGACUGGCCAAGAGGUCGUGUUUGUGGCCGAACCCGACAGCAAGUCGGUGUACAAGUUUGAGUUGGACACAGCGGAGCGGAAGUCUGAGUUUAACUCCAUAUCCGGCACCUACUCGCUCCACCUCAUCGUUGGGGAUGCUACGUUGGAGAAUCCCAUCCUGUGGAACGUGGCUGACGUUGUUCUGAAGUUUGUGGAGGAGGAGGCUCCGGUGGCCGUUCAGCCCAAGACUCUUUACAUGCCCAAACCAGAGAUCCAGCAUUUAUUCAGGGAACCAGAGAAGAAGCCUUCCACAGUGGUUUCCAACACCUUCACUGCACUCAUCCUGUCUCCCUUACUUCUGCUGCUCAUCCUGUGGCUUAAGCUCGGCGCCAACGUGUCCAACUUCAGCUUCACUCCCAGCACCGUUCUGUUCCACGUGGGACAUGCAGCCAUGCUUGGCCUGAUGUACGUCUACUGGACCCACCUGAACAUGUUCCAGACUCUGAAGUACCUGGCAAUCAUCGGCGGCUUGACUUUCCUCGCCGGGAACCGCAUGCUGGCCCAGAAAGCCGUGAAGAGGAUUGCUGCAGAGCAGAGUAGUAGGUUGGCAAAGUAUAGGAGCCUACGAAUUGAGAAAAAAUAAGAGGAUGGACAAGGCACCGACGAAGCUUUUUGUUUUUUGUUUUUGUUUCCAAGGAGUCAUUUAACGAUGCAUCAAAUCAGACUUUUAAACAUGGCGUGGCAGUUUAAGAAUCAACAGUUUAAACAGUUUGUCCGCGUUGCCAAAUGGAAGCAAUGGAGGCCGAGGCCGUAAAGCUACUGAUCGUUGCUCUUCAUCUUCCUGUGAGAUUUGUGUUCAUGUUGUCCAACAGGCCGGACGGAUCCAUGUCAGCUGGGGGAUUGCAUUUGUCUUUCUAUUUUUUAUUUCAUGGAUUUAGGGUUUAAUUUGACAGUUUUUUUUGUACAUUUCUUUCUUUUUUUUCUUCAUUUAAUGCCCAUUUCGCCCUGUAAUAAAAAGCAGUUACUUGUUUUAGCUGAAAACAUUGGUAUUGGCACUGAUCCGUUGAAUUAUGCCAGUGUUGGUCCCCUAUUUGAGACACAAUGGGCUCCCCCCAGAUACAAAAUGUCAAUAAAGAAAUGUAGGCAAUUUGAUGUUUUUGUAAUGAAGAAGAGGAAAUAAAGAAGUGGAGGUGA